CAUCACUAUUAGACUCUAAACACCACGUCAAGUUUUGUGUAUUGUGAUAAACAUUAAUUAGUUUCAACAAAACAGUUUUUACGACUGUGGGAUGGCUUACAUUGAUCACAACGGUCGCCUAUGGGAAAAGCGUCCUUGGAACUGGCACCGGAUCGUGUCCAUCAUUAUUGGCUUUUGGUUCGCCAUCAAGCAGUUGUUCCGCACAUUCCUGGCUCCUUUCAAUGGAGGAGACAAUAAUCGUGGAGACUCUCGGGGAGGAAACGGUUGGGGCUCCAGUAGCUGGGGUGGCGGCGGAGGCGGUGGUGGAGGCGGAGGAGGUGGUGGCGGCGGUGGGGGUGGUAGAGGCAAUGGAGGUUACGAUGGAUUAAGACCAAAUCGGAGAAUUGGACGCAUUCCACCGCCUUCUCAAUCCUGCAGUGCUGGUGGCUGCUGUGGAUAAAUAUUAGUGGUUACUUUAUGAUUAGAAAGACAUCUCCCUGUACUUAAACACAAUGGCGAUGCAACCAGAUAUAAUUGGGGAUUUAGUUACUUAAUGGGCCAUCGUUAAGAUAAAAAAUAUUUACAUACUCUAAAUCAUUUAUCAUUAUUGAAUAAAAGGCCCCAAGCAUUAUACAUACUUCCUCCUAA